UUGUGCUUUCUGUUCAGGUUAAAUGUAAAGAACUACCAGAUUGUUCUGGCAAUGGUUUUUGCCAUUGAGGAGAUUAACAGUAACCCCCAUCUUUUACCCAAUGUGUCUCUGGGAUAUGAUAUCUAUAAUGUCCUGUUCAAUGAAUGGUGGACAUUGGAUAGAUGCAUCACAUGGCUGUCAGGACCAAAGAAGUAUAUACCUAAUUACACCUGUAGGAGAGAAAUGAAGUCUGUUGCAGUACUCACAGGAGUAUCAUGGAUAAUAUCUGCCCAUAUAGGGACACUGCUGGAACUCUACAAAUAUCCACAGCUGACCAUUGGGUCUUUUGAUCCUAACCUAAAUAAUCAUGACCAGUUUCCUGAUCUCUAUCAAAUGGCUUCCAAGGAUAUGUCUCUGCUCUAUGGUAUUGUUUCCUUGUUGAAAUAUUUCCACUGGAAUUGGGUGGGAUUGAUUGUGUCUGAAGAACAAAAAGGUGUUCAGAUAAUCUCAGACUUGAAGGCAGAAAUGGACAGAAACAGAAUAUGUGUAGAUUUUGUGGAAAUGAUCCCAGUCAGCAAACUAUCCUUUUUAGCAAACAGACAACUGAAUCCUACACGGGUUCUGAAAUCAUCAGCAAAUGUGAUCAUCACUUAUGGUGACAGUGACUUUCUGAGAGGCUUCCUGUUUUAUCUAAGACAAACUUUAGUUAUAAGGAAAGUUUGGAUCAUGAACUCAGAAUGGGAUGUUAUCCUCCAUUCAAAGCAUUUCAUUUUGCAGUCAUUUCAUGGAAGCCUCAUUUUCUCACAUCACCACAAAGAAAUCUCUGGUUUCAGAAAUUUUAUCCAAACAGUUCAUCCUUCCAAAUACCCAGAAGAUUUUUACCUUACAAAGUUGUGGUUCUACUUUUUUAACUGUUCAUUUGCUGAUGAUGACUGCAAUACACUGGAGAACUGUCUGCCUAACGCUUCCUUGCAUCAAUCACCUGGAAAUCGUUUUGAUACGGUCAUGACUGAGUAUGCUUAUAAUACAUACAAUGCUGUGUAUGCUGUGGCCCACAGCCUUCAUGAGAUGCUUCUUCAUCAAGUAGAAGUAAAACCAACAAGAAAAGCAGAAGGAAUGAUGUUCUCAGCCUGGCAGCUGCACCUUUUUCUGAAGAACAUGCAGUUUACUAAUCCUGCUGGAGAACAAGUGAAUUUGGAUGAGAAAAUGAAAUUGAAUGCAGAGUAUGACAUUCUCAACUACUGGAACUUUCCAGAAGGUCUUGGACUCAAGGUGAAAGUUGGAAAAUUUUCCCCAUAUGGUCCACUUGAUGAACAAUUAUCUUUAUCUGAGGAUAUGAUAGAAUGGGCCACAGGAAUUACAGAGACUCCCCCCAAGUCUGUAUGCAGUGAAAGUUGUGUUCCUGGAUUCAGAAAAUCCCUCCCAGAAGGAAAUGUGGCUUGUUGUUUUGAUUGUAUUCCAUGCCCAGAGAAUGAGAUUUCCAAUGAGACAGAUGUGGAUCAGUGUGUGAAGUGUCUAGAUCAUCAAUAUGCCAACACAGAGCGAAACCAUUGCCUCCAAAAAUCCACGACCUUCCUGGAUUAUGGCGAUCCCAUGGGGAUAGGUCUGUCAUGCAUGGCCUUGUAUUUCUCUGCACUGUCAGCACUAGUUCUCGGGAUCUUUCUGAAGCAGCAGGACACUCCUAUUGUGAAGGCAAACAACCGCACUCUCAGCUACAUCCUGCUUAUCACCCUUAACUUCUGUUUUCUCUGCUCCUUUCUCUUCAUUGGCCACCCCAACACGGCUACUUGCAUCCUACAGCAGACCACAUUUGGAGUGUUGUUCACUGUGGCUGUUUCCACUGUCUUGGCCAAAACUAUUACUGUGGUUCUGGCCUACAAGGUCACUGCUCCAGGACGAAGAGUCAGGUGGAUGUUGGUAGCACGGGCACCUAACUUCAUUGUUCCCAUCUGCACCUUGAUCCAAAUUACCUUGUGUGGGAUCUGGCUGGGGAAAUCUCCCCCUUUCAUUGACACAGAUGCAUACUCUGAACAUGAACACAUUAUCAUCAUGUGCAACAAGGGCUCAGUCACCGCUUUCUACUGUGUGCUGGGAUAUCUGGGGGCUCUGGCCUUGGGAAGCUUCACUGUGGCUUUCCUGGCCAGGAACCUGCCUGACACAUUCAAUGAAGCCAAGUUCCUGACAUUCAGCAUGCUGGUGUUCUGCAGUGUCUGGAUCACCUUCCUCCCUGUCUACCACAGCACCAAGGGGAAGGUCAUGGUGGCUGUGGAGGUCUUCUCCAUCUUGGCAUCCAGUGCAGGGCUUCUAGGCUGUAUCUUUGUCCCCAAGUGCUACAUCAUUUUGUUAAGACCAGAAAGGAACUCUAUUCAGGGUCUCAGGGACAAAAUACAUUAUAGGUACAAGGCUUAGUAAUUUUUUAAAUUAAUUUUCAAGUUAGCAAAUGAAGUAGAUUUUAUUGUUACAUUUUCAUACAUAUAUUUUGUUUCUAUUCAUCCCCCUCACAAACUGAUACCCCAUCCCUUCUAUCUACCUCCUCCUGCUUCUUCCUUAUCUUAAAACAAUUCUCAUUUCUACAUUCAUAUAUGUGUUUCUUUACCCCCUGCCCUUUCCCCUCCUCCCUCACUUUCCCCCUCUUUUGGCUACUUUCUACGUUCAGGUUGAGGAGAGAGAGAGAGAGAGAGAGAAAGAAAGAGAGAGAGAGAGAGAGAGAGAGAGAGAGAGAGAGAGAGAGAGAGAGAGAGAGAGAAAACUCCAGCCCCCUGUGGUAUUUAUACUUAUGACUAUGGCUUAAGCCAGUUAAUUUUACUAUUUCCAGUUCCAAAAUUUUCCUUUUAAAUAUUAUAACUUUAUUCUUCUUCAAGGCUGAACAAAUGCCACUGUGAACAUGCUCCACAUUUACUUUAUCUAUUCCUCUGUUGAUGGAUAUCUGCAUGCUUUCCUUUCUUAGCCACCAUGUAAGUACAGCAAUAAUCAUGGAUGUGCAAAUAUUUCUGUAGAUGUCUUCUGUGUCUAUAUAUCCAAGAGUGGUAUGGUUGGAUUGAGUGGUAGUUCUACUUUCAAUUUCCUUAGUAACUUCUACACUGUUUUCUACCAUGGUAUAAAUCCCACUAAACAUGUAAGAAAAAUCACAAAGGAAAAAAGAUGGAGUGUGGGGUCAGAUUUCUUAAGUUUUAGAGACUGACAAAGAGAUCAGCAAACUCAUGGCACUUACUUUCCCUAUGGUCUAAGCUGCUGCUGAAAUUCACCACCACCCCUACCUUUCCAAAAUCCAGGACAGACAUACAAAGUAGCAGAUGUGCAGAUUACAAUACAAAAUACUAGAAACAUAAAAAAAAGGAGUCAACAUAAUUUCCCUGAAAGAGCAUAACUCAACUGAUGAACUCAACAUUCUGAAACUAUCAGAUGAACAUUUUAAAAGUUCUCUUGCAAAACAUUAUCAGUGACCUGAAAGAGGAUACUCACAGGCAGAUUAAUUCAAUACAUAUCAUCAAUACCUAUAGAUAAAGUAAUUUAUAAGACAGAUGAAAAAUCAGCAACAUGAGAGAAAACCUAAGCAAUGAGACUGCAAUGAGUAGGGACAAAGUAUUGAAACUGAAAAAAAUAAAUCAAAUAAAAAGCUCAGUGGGAAGCAUGAACAAUGGACUAAAGAAGUAGAAGAAAGACUAUGAGAUAGACAAGGGUGGGUAAAUAAUACAUACAGACACCAAUAAGCAAAAGAUUAAUGAACAUGACCACAAUGUCCAUGAAAGACCAAAGCCAAGAAAUCACAGGCCUAGAAGGAGUGAAGUAAACACCAAAGGUGAAUGAAAUCCAUUCAAAAACAUUACAGUGCUGUGGGAUGUUCUGUAUGACAAAUGUGUUGCUGAUUAGUCAAUAAAUAAAACACUGAUUGGCCAUUGGCUAGGAAGGAAGUGUAGGCGGGACAAGGAGGAGAAAAAAGCUGGGAAGUGGAAGGCUGAGUCGGAGAGACACUGCCAGCCACCAUGAUGACAAACAGCAUGUGAAGAUGCUGGUAAGCCACGAGCCAUGUGGCAAGGUAUAGAUUAAUGGAAAUGGAUUAAUUUAAACUGUAAGAACAGCUAGCAAGAAGCCUGCCAUGGCCAUAGAGUUUGUAACCAAUAUAAGUCUCUGUGUUUACUUGGUUGAGCGGCUGUGGGACUAGCAGGUGAGAGAGAUUUGUCCUGACUGUGGGCCAGGCAGGAAAACUCAAGCUACAAAUGGUGUCCAACGUGGUGGCAAAAGUUUCCAACGAAAACCUGAGAAAAGAUUCUAAAACGGAGCUAAAAACAGCUUCCUAAUUGUCUCUCUCAAAUGAGCGGCAGCUGCUGGUUUGAGCUACUUGUGGGUUCCUGGUGUGUGUGCUCGACCUGCUGUAUGGCAGGAAUGAGGCCUCUGCAAGUGGCACAUUAAGCUGCGUGGUGGAUUUAGACUUUGCUAGUACAAAACAAAAAAAAAGAGUAUUUUGGACUACAUGCUGCUUGGAUAAAAGCAUAGAGACCCACGACCCACAAUAGCUUCCAGAGCUGGUGGAAAGCAUACCACCACCAUGUUGGGAAGCUGAGGUGGGCAGAGCCAGCAGCCACAGCUGCUGCAGUUUAAAGCAAUAGAUUCACAAUAAGACAGAUUCAGGUGUAAUAGUUUACAAUGUGUGUAAAAAUGUACAUAGGCUUGAAAGAGAAAGAAAAAGGAAUAUAUACAGUUGUAUAAAGAAAUAGUUUUUAAAAAUAAAGUCUUUAAAGAGACAGUAAAAUUAAUAUAAAAAAUAAGCCAUGUGAAGAUGAAUAUUACACAGAGAAUCUGGAUUGUGUUGUCUUUGGGAUUUUUAACUGCAGAAAAACAUUUGAUUGUAAAAGCUGUUGAGUUAUGCCAAAAUGUAUAUUUUAAAGGUACCUUGACUUCAAAAUUUGGAUAUAAGGAUAUGAUGUUUUGGAAAGGAGACUCUGCUUUUGUUCCCACAGAAUGCCAAAGGCUAUGGAUUUGUUCCAGAUUAAGAUACAUCAUGUUUGACCAGCCAAGACCCCCUGAAAGGUCUCCGAUGACAUCAUGGCCCAGAUGAUCCAACAUCCAGAAUGGUGUGAAGGCAACUGGCUCAGACGAUACACCCUCAUGGACUAUUCCAUAAUCCUAAAAUUUUCUUUGUGUUCCCAUAAGAUAUAGCGCCCCCCUCCAGCAGGAAGUAGUAAGAGAAGCUACGUCCAAAUUCCCAAAUUAUAUGUAAUUUUACUUUGUUAAGGUUAAAACCUUCCUUUUUGAAAAAAAAUGGAGGAAGUGCUGUGGGAUGUUCUGUAUGGCAAAUGUGUUGUUGAUUAGUCAAUAAAUAAAACACUGAUUGGCCAUUGGCUAGGCAGGAAGUAUAGGCGGGACAAGGAGGAGAAAAAAGCUGGGAAGUGGAAGACUGAGUCGGAGAGACACUGCCAGCCACCAUGAUGACAAACAGCAUGUGAAGAUGCCGGUAAGCCAUGAGCCAUGUAGCAAGGUAUAGAUUAAUGGAAAUGGAUUAAUUUAAACUGUAAGAACAGUUAGCAAAAAGCCUGCCAUGGCCAUACAGUUUGUAACCAAUAUAAGUCUCUGUGUUUACAUGGUUGGGUUUGAGCGGCUGUGGGACUGGCAGGUGAGAGAGAUUUGUCCUGACUGUGGGCCAGGCAGGAAAAUUCUAGCUACAUUACAGGAGGAAAAUUCCCAAGCCUAGAAGACACUCAGACAUUCAAACACAAAAGAUAUUCAGAACCCCAAAUAAACAUGACCAGAUAAGAUCCUCUCAAUGGCAUCUUGUAGUCAAAAUGUCAAAAACACAAAGCAAAGAAAUAAUAUUAAAUGCUGUAGUGGAAAAACACCAAUUCACCUACAAAAACAAUCCAUCAGAAUAACAUCAGCAACCCUCAAAGCCAGGAAGUCAUGAAAUGAUAUAUUGCAAGUCUCAAAAGCAGAUAAUUUCCAGCAUAGACUACUAUGUCAUCUGAGUGAUUCUUCUAAAUUUGGAAAGAAAUAAGAACAGUUCAAGAUAAACACAACUGAGGGAGUUCCUGACCACCAAGCCAGCACUGCAGAGGACACUAAAGGAAUACUAUGAGCAACAGAAGCAACUUCAAUCAGUAAAGCAGAGGAAAGAAGAUUUCAUGGGCAGACUAGCCAAAAAAAGGAAAGCUGGAAGGAGUCCAUUAUAUCCAACAAAAUAGACCAGAUACUAAUGUGGGAUAGCAUAAAGAACAAAUAAUAAUACAGCAGACAAAAAUAACAGAAAUUAAUAGAUAUUUCUCAAUAAAAAUCUACAUGCAAUGGACUUAACUCACUAAUAAAGAGAUGCAGACUGGUUAACUGGAUUAAAAACUGAAAAGGAACACCAUGGAGAUUGGAGGAAGGUCACCACUGGACAGGGAUUGGAAAGGGGGAAGAGGUAACUAAGAAGAGCAAGGAGGACUGGGUACUGUAAAAUGACUCUCUAUGGUAUUUCAGUGGUGAACACAAGUCAUUACACAUUUGUCAAACCCACCAAAUGUAAACACAAAAUAUGAACCCUAGUUUGGUGUGAUGGCACACACAUGUAAUUGCAGCAUUUGGGAGGCUGUUGGGAGGGCAAGUUUAAGUGUAGCCUGGGCUAUAGAUAAAAUCCUGUACUAAAUAAAAAAGAACAAGAAGGAGGAAGAAAAAAAAGAAAGUCUCAUUGAUAGCAUUGAUUGUCUUUUUGGGAGAUGUGAAAGGAGUCUCCAAGAACCAGUCAAUGGAGGGACCAGGUUUUGGUGGCUACCUAGGUGAUCUGAUCAGAUCUGUAUGACAAACAAAAAGCAACCUGAUGUGACUGAUUUCUACUGGCAACAAGAUGUUUUGUGAACACUAAUGUGCAGUAUGGACUUUGGAUGAGGAUGUGUCAGUGUGGAUUGUAACAAACACACCACUGUGAUGGAGGAUGUUGAUAGUAGGAGAAGCUUACACAUGAUAGGGAAAGGGAACAAUGAAACCUCUGUACCUGCCUCUCAAUGUUCUAGGAAACUUCAACCUCUAAAUAAUUCUUAUAAAAUGAAAAUAAAAGCUAUUCAUAUAUUUAAGAAAAAACAAGAUCCAACUCUAUACUGUCUCUGAGAAACACACCUCACUAAUAAAAUCAAAAGAUGGAAAACAUUCUAUCAAGAGCUUUAAAUCCAAACACACCAAAUAUUGGGGCUCCAGCUUCAUAAAAUAAACAUGGGCUGGAGAGAUGGCUCAGAGGUUAAGAGCACUGGCUGCUCUUCCAGAGGUUCUGAGUUCAAUUCCCAGCAGCCAUAUGGUGGCUCAUAAAAUAAACAUUAAAUGGAAAAAUAGGUCCUCUUAUGAUAUUAGUACAUGAAUUCAAUACCAAACUCUCAUAUUGAUAGGUCAUCCAAACUAAAAGUCAACAAAGAUGCACCAGCGUUAAACUAUACAAUAGAGCAGAUGGACAUAGCCAUAUACCUACAGAAUCAAUAUUAAUCAAUAUAAACCAUCAUAUUUGGCUAUACACAUUCUUCUUAGCAGGGAAUGAUGCUACCAAUAGUGGGAAGGUCUUUUCACUUCAAUUCAUCUAAUCAACAUAUUCCCUUACAGUUAUGCCUAGAGGCCCAUCUCCCAGUUGUCUCUAUCUCAUCAAGCUGACAAUGGGGGUUAACCAUCACAAGUACUAAUUCCAUUUUAAGAAUCCAGCAUUACAGCCUGGUGGUGGUGGUGACACAAGCCUUUAAUCCCAGCACUUGGGAGGCAGAGGCAGGUGGAUCUCUGUGAGUUCAAGGCCAGCCUGGGCUACAGAAUGAGGUCCAGGAAAGGCACAAAGCUACACAGAGAAACCCUGUCUUGAAAAAUCAAAAAAAUAAAGAAUCCAGCAUUACUCUGUACUAAGGUUA